AUCUCCCCCCGCCGCCCCCUCGCUUCCGCCACCAUCACCACCACCACCACCACCACCACCUCAGGUAUGAAAAUGUCCUCCGCCCUCCCGAUUUCACACCCCCAACACUAUCCCCACCACCUCCCCCCACCGCCGCCUCCAUCAGAUACCCGUUCAUUGAAUAUUACUCUUCCAUUGAAACCCUAUUUCCACCCAACCCUUCUUCCGCCCCCACCUCCGAGAGAAAACACACCCUUGCGAAUUGUUCAUAAUUAUCCCAGGAGAAAUCCUGUCUACGAAAAUGAAAAUUGUACUCGAGGUCGUGUUGAUGAUAUACGUGAAUUGCCUGAAAAUUGGAAUCGAGAUUUGUGUUGGGGUGCAACGGGAGUUCAUAGAAAGGUUCCUGAGGCUGAUAGAGGAGAUCGUGAUGUAAUUCCUGAGAAUUUUGAGUUGUAUAGAAAGAGGGAUGAUGGCAGGAUAUGUGAUAGUGGUCUUAGUGAUUGGGGUUCUGACUUGGACAGAAGGGGGGACUAUGAUGAGAGGAGUUGAGAUAGUGGUAGGAAUGAUCGGAAUCGUUACUUGUACAGGGAGUGUGAUUAUGAUGAGAGGAGAUGGGAUAGUCGAAUGGUUAUGACCGGCCGGAGUUGUGAUUUGUACAGGGAUCCUAGUUUUGAUGAUGAGAUGAGACGGGACUCUAGUAGGUCCUCUGGAGUUUUGUCUCGACUGGGAAACAGGCAGCCAGAACUUUCUGAGAAUGAUCUAAGGUUUGGUUGGGUUUUGUCUCGACUUGGAAACAGGCCACCGGAAUAUGCUGAGGAUGAUCUGAGUUUUGGUGGAGUUUUGUCUCGAUUGGGAAGCAGGAAACCAGAAUUUGCUGAUAAUAUUCCAAGUUUGGGUAGAUUUAGUGGUAGGUUAGGGACUGGGGUUAGUAGGGGGGGGGGGGGGGGUUAAUUUGGCCUGAUAAGAAGAAGAGAUUGCAGAAAAAGAAUACAUUACUUAGGAGUCAAUUAGGAAAAAUCCAUAGCAGGCACGGUGGAGUUUUAAAAUCUCAGCACUUUGCAAAUGAGUCUGGUAUAUGUAGUUUCAAGGUCGAGGGAAAAGGGUCUGCGAAGAUGGGGAUGAGAAUGGAAGUUAAGAGAGAGAGGUAGCAGAGUCCUAUGGAGCUUGCGAUUUCAUCUAAGUCAAAUGCUCUGUUGGCAAAUGCUAUUGAGGUGCCAUCUCAUUCAGCUACUGAAUCAAGAGAUUCUGCUGCCAACCAGGAUAUUGUUUCAGAUUACCAAUUUGUAUCUCAGGAAACUUCACCAGAGCAUAUGGAUAAAGGAGGAACAAAUCAGCCUUUGCUUGGAGCUGAUUCACGAAUGGAAAGAUAUUAUCAUGCGAUCAAAGUUGAUGCUUGUAAACCCUUGGUUCCUAAGAGGAAGAGGAAAAGGAACAAUUUGAACACAAAACCUGCACUGAAGAGGAAGGGGAACACUUUGAGCACAAGAUCUGCAUCGUCAUAUGUGAUCCGUAGUGUUAUUACUCGGUGUUCUGGCCAUGCCGAGGGAUUGCUAACUACUACUGAGAAUGCUGACCAUGUGCACCAGUUGAGAGCUGAUGGGUUUGCGCAGCAGGAACAUGAGAACUUUUUAUCUCAAGAAAAUGCUGGUUGUGGAGACAGUUUGGGUUUCAAUCAGGAUGUGAACAUUUCCAACAAAUAUGUACAUGAUAAAGCUUCUGUAUGUGAUGCAGAUAGGGAUGCAAUCAAGCCCGUUAACCUAGGCCACCGUAAAAAGCAGAAACUUUCCAGCCCAAGAUCAAGUCUCUCCUCUAUUUCUGAAGAUGAUACAAUUGCAGAUGGGUCCAGCAAGGCGCCAAUUCUUGAGCAGCAUCCCACCAGGCCAUAUCUGAAUUGCGAGCUGAGCAUAGUUGGGAUACUUCAUCAGCAUCCAUAACCAUCACACAAUGCCGAACCACUGAUGUGCGAGGUGAUGUUAGUAUUAAUGACUUAAUGAAAAUCUGGUAGAGGGAGACAGAUUACUAGGGAGUGACGAUCUGGGUUUAAUUGCUAGUGGCAUAUCAUGUUCUGACAGAAAUGGUCCCAGUGCUUCUGAUUCUGGAGAUGAAUCGUUAGCAUCUAGCUUUGACAUGCAAUCUUGCAUGUCUUCUCCUGAAGGGCUGCAUGUUACUUGGAUUCAUGUAUUUCGGGAAACACUAGGACAUCAGCCAGCCUAUCAGAUACUGAAAUGAUUCGUCACAGUGAGAAAAUCUCCAACAUAAAGCAUGUGUUUGCUGAUCCAAAAACCAGUUCUCUUGGGAAAUGUUUAGAAGCAGCUGUAAACAAAUCACAAUCUAAUCCUGGCAUUCCACAAUCUCUACAUAAGGAUACCAGUCAAGUGGUCAAAAAACUUUAUCCAGUACAUGGUAAACUAACUUGGCAUAAGGACCAGGCUCCUUCUGCUGUUACUAAAUUUUUGCCUAUGCAUCAUCAUUUAAAUUUUAGUAAUACAAGGAAAUUGUAUUCUUCUCAUACUACAAAAUCAAGGACGUGGUGUCGAACUGUUGACCCUACUGCUGCAGUUACGGAACCUAAUGCAACAAAAGAAGCCAGACCUUUACAGAGUUCAUACAUGCGGAAAGGUAAUAGUCUAGUUAGGAAACAUGUCCCAUCAAAUGACGCCUCACAUGGAUUGCCUGGUUCAAGUUCCUCAGUUUAUCGGCUAAGUCCUUGCCCCAAUACUAAAAAGAAUGACCUGGCAUCUCAGGUACAAGACUGGUGAUGCAGAUGCGUUAACUCUGAAGAGAGCAGGGCAGGUAAACACUUCAGAAACUACAAUGGUACUUACCGAAAAUCGUAAUAGGAACUUAUUAAGUUGCUCUCCUUGCAACUCGGAGGAGCCUAUUCCCGUGAGUAAUCCUCACAGCAAUGAUUGUCCUCCGAAAAGUUUAUAUGUCAUGGAGGAGAGGAUAAAGUCAUCUCCAGCCCCUGAAUGUCGAACUGAUUCUGUCAUCAACUCAGAUUGCCAAAGUACAGCUGCAGAAGGGAACUCUGGGAAGAAGGUUAUCUAUGUCAAGAGAAGAUCUUAUCAAUUGGUUGCGACUUCUAAUUCUGAUGAUAUAUCUAUAUUAGGGGUGGAUAAUAGCCAAUCACGAUUAUCUGAGGGUUACUACAACAAUAGGGAAAACCAGCUUUUCAGAGCAUCACCAGAAAAUGAUGUCAAAAGAGCGAAUGAAUACCCUACCGCGUAUAGACUUGUGUCUCGCUCAAUUAUUCUUAAAAUUUCUACCAGAAGGCAAUCUGGUUUUGCCAAGAACUGCAGAUCUUCAAAGUUGGCAUUUGUGUGGAAAUUACAUGAUAAAUAGGCUUCAGAAAAGCAUAAGAAUUCUCUGGGAACUCGAAAAGUCUGGCCGCGAUUAUUUUUGCCUAAAGGAGCUGCUUAUUGGAGAAGUCUUAUAUUGGGUAUGAAACCGUCCCAUUCCAACAUCAGUUGUGUAGCCAAAAACUGCUGGUGUCAAGAAAGAGAGGUGCAAUUUACACUAGAUCAACGCAUGGAUAUUCUCUUAGGAUGUCGAAAGUGUUAAGUGUUGGUGGCUCUAGUUUAAAGUGGUCGAAAUCAAUUGAAAGGAAC